AAGACUCUAGCCAUGUCAAGCAGGGAAAGGAAAGCCACUGACAGUGCUGGCAUGCGCCCAAGGCUGGAUCCAAAUCUCACAUCAGAUGACACCCAGAACCCAGAUGCAAUCACCCCAGUGGACAAAGGAGUCAUUGAUGUCAGUAGUGAGGACAUUACUUCCUCUGGAAAAGAAGGGCAACAGGCCAGGAAGGAAAUACAGGAUUUAUUUGAAGAAUGUGAAGAGCCCAUUAAGAACUUUCUUCAAGGAGACAGAGAAAGAUUCACAGCGAUCAUCAUGGCGUCUUUUGAAACCAUGGAGCAGAAAGUUGAGGAUGUCCUAAAAAUCCAGUGCGAACAAAGGCAGAAACUUUACCAAGACUAUUCUCUUCAGAUUAUGAAUUUGAAUAGGAAGUUAUCCAUGGAUGCAGAUCAAGUCAAGAAACAGGCAGAAAAACUCUCCAAUAUGUUUAAGGAGCAACGAAAAUUUAUUCAUCAGUCUCUGAUUCUUCAGAAGAAGAGAAUGGAAGGCUUUAAAUCACUGUGUGAACAAUACUUGGAGAAACUUGAGUUACUGAGGGAUUCUCGGGGAAAUUCUGUGGCUGAAGAGCUGAGACGUCUAAUAGCCACCUUGGAAAUAACACUUCUGAUGGUGAAUGUAAGUACUCAGUCUUUCACGUCGAAAAUGAUGAUCGACGAGCACUACUUAUUUUAUCCCAUUUAAUAUGUCCUUGUACUUAACAGCGCCAGCAAGAGAGUGCUGCUGCUCAACAGUCUCUCCUGGAUCUGUUAUUCUCAUAAUACUUUGAGGAAACGAAAGUCGAUAGAAGGGGAGCGGUUGUUUCAUGGAAAUUCGCUGGGUGAAGCUCAUUGACGUUUGCAGCUUCAGUGACUACAUCUUCUUGCGUUCCCCUGUUCCUAAAGAUAAGCCCAAAUAAGCCCAAGGAUUUGUGUGACAGUAGUCCAAAGAUGUCUGUAUCAACCUCCAGCCCUCGGAAGUAAUGGCAAGGUUUUCUUUUCUUGGUAGCAUCAUAAUUAACAGUUAGCACUGCGUUGAUGUCGAUACAGUGGGGUCUCAUACCUCAGCAUCACUUUCAGGAAUCAGAAGGCACAAGAGUGGUCCAUCCCUGUCAUCUUCAGAGAAAUAAUUAAAGAAGACACACUCUUGCCAUUACAUCCUGCUAUUAAAUUUGUUCAGUCAUGGAGCCUAUGGGAAUGACCAUAACCUUCCAAAGGGAAUGUGCCCUGUAUACUUCAUAAAAGACUGUGCCCCAGAAUUAGUUAAACUGGUAGAAUUCAUUAAACCUCCCGAGUAAGAAAGAUGUGAGUAUUGUGACAUAAGUUUGUGAAACUGUCACUUUCAGACAAAAUUUACAAGGUCUUUCAAUUAAAUGGGGUCUGCUACCCAAUGUCAUCUGCCUGUCACAUCUUAAGAGUUGAUCCUUAGCACCUGUACAGCUCAGUUCCUCAUAGUUUAUGUAUUUCGUCCUUUGCAUGGAUAGGAAUAACUAGGAAUGUUUUGUUUUUCAAAUUUAUUGUGCACGUAGUAUGUGAGCAUCAGUGAUAUACUGAGGUCUUCUGUACAGUUAAAGCUCUUGUCCUGUGAUUUCCUUUGUGUAUACACACACACACACACACACACACACACACACACACACACACACACACCAUGGGAAAUCUUUACUUGGAAACAUUUGAUUUAAUAAACAUGAAA